GAUCAUACGAUAAUACCGGCUGUCUGCUGCACCUCCGCCUUCAGCAACAGAGAGAGAUAUAGAUGGGUUUGAUAUCCUUCGUCGAGGUCGAUCUCGAUUCGCACUUCCCCAUCGAGAACCUUCCCUAUGGCGUCUUCCGCCCCUCUUCCGCCUGCGGCGGAGGUGAUGCCGCCGCGCCGCGCCCCGGAGUCGCCAUCGGGGACUUCGUCCUCGACCUCUCUGUCGUUUCGUCCGCCGGCCUCUUCGACGGCCCCAUCCUCAAGAACUCCCCUUGCUUCCUCCAGGCAUCUCUUAACAUGUUUGUGGGAUUGGGACGGCCUGCUUGGAAGGAGGCGAGAUUGACUUUACAGAGACUUCUCUCAGUUGAUGAACCAAUACUACGUGACAAUAGUAGUUUGAGGGAGAAAUGCCUUUUGAAGAUGAGUGAAGUAGAGAUGCUUCUGCCUACUGUAAUUGGGGACUAUACGGAUUUCUUUUCUUCCAUGCAUCAUGCAAAGAACUGUGGACUCAUAUUUCGAGGACCAGCGAAGCCAAUUCAAGAAAACUGGUUUCAUCUUCCUAUUGCUUAUCAUGGACGGGCUUCCUCUGUUGUGAUAUCUGGCACACCUAUUGUCCGUCCAAGAGGACAAGCAUAUCCAACAGGAAGUUCUCCACCAUAUUUUGGACCCACACAGAAGAUGGAUUUUGAGCUUGAAAUGGCUGCAAUAGUGGGUCCAGGAAAUGAAUUAGGCAAACCAAUUGAUGUCAAUAUUGCAGCAGAUCAUAUUUUUGGGCUUGUGCUGAUGAACGAUUGGAGUGCCAGAGACAUCCAAGCAUGGGAAUAUGUUCCUCUUGGGCCUUUUCUCGGAAAGAGUUUUGGUACAACAAUAUCACCCUGGAUUGUGACACUAGAUGCACUUGAGCCUUUUGCUUGUGAAGCCCCAAAGCAGGAUCCUGAGCCCUUGCCAUACUUGACGGAAUCCAAGCAUGUAAACUAUGACAUUCCUCUCGAGGUCUGGAUCAAGCCUGCUGGGCACGAACAUCCUGUGCUUGUCACAUCCAGCAAUUUCAGUAAUCUGUAUUGGACAUUAACUCAGCAACUAGCUCAUCACACUAUCAAUGGAUGCAACUUAAGACCUGGUGAUCUACUUGGAACUGGGACCAUCAGUGGACCGGAAGAAGGAUCCGUAGGAUGCUUGCUGGAGUUGACUUGGAAUGGGCAAAAGCCACAAAACUUGAAUGGCACAAUUCGCAAAUUUCUUGAAGAUGGAGAUGAAGUCGUGUUUAAAGCUUGUUGCAAGGGAAAGGGCUACAACGUGGGAUUUGGAUCAUGCACCGGGAAGAUUCAGCCUGCCAUCCCCUGAAAACAUUCUUGCGGAGAGCUCAAGUCAAAAUAAAUUGCUGCAAUAAAAAUUACUACGUAUUUCAGAUGUUUUAACACUUCGUUUCCAAUGGUUUUUAGAGAUAAUGAGAAUUUUAUCACACUGUAACCUCAUAAUUAUGCUAAAAAAGUUCCUGGAGCAUUAGCAUUUCUAGAUCAAA